AUGCAGCGGGUGGGCAGGCACGGCCGGCAGCCCCCGGAGGGUGGCUCCAUGGAGAACGGCGUGGGGCAGGAGCCAGGGACCCCUGAGCCACCUGGCCCCUCAGCCCCCCGGGCUGUCCGUGCCCGCCCCAGGCUGGUGUUCCACACGCAGCUGGCCCAUGGCAGCCCCACGGGGCGCAUCGAGGGCUUCACCAACGUCAAGGAGCUCUACGCCAAAAUCGCUGAGGUCUUCGACAUCUCGCCUACCGAGAUCCUCUUCUGCACGCUCAACACGCACAAAGUGGACAUGCAGAAGCUGUUGGGGGGACAGAUUGGCCUGGAGGAUUUCAUCUUUGCCCAUGUCCGGGGCGAGACCAAGGAGGUGGAGGUGACCAAGACAGAGGACGCGCUUGGCCUCACCAUCACAGACAACGGGGCCGGCUAUGCCUUCAUCAAGAGGAUCAAGGAGGGGAGCAUCAUCAACCGGCUGCAGACAGUGUGUGUGGGGGACAGCAUUGAGGCCAUCAAUGACCACACCAUUGUGGGCUGCCGGCACUACGAGGUGGCCCGGAUGCUGCGGGAGCUGCCACGGGCUCAGCCCUUCACCCUCCGCCUGGUCCAGCCCAAAAAGGCCUUUGACAUGAUCGGGCAGCGCACACGGACAGGUAAAUCCCUAGGUGAAGGCAGAGUGGCCAGUGGGAAGGAAACGCUGCGACUGCGGACACAGGGGCCAGCCGUGCUGGAGGAGGGGCCCAGCCCCUCCGAGGAAGAAGCUGCCCAGCGGGUAGAUGAUCUGCUGGAGAGUUACAUGGGCAUCCGUGACAGCGAACUGGCCUCGACGAUGGUGGAGGCGGCCAGGGGCAGCCCCAGCGUGGCCCAACUUGCCCAAGGGUUGGACUCGGUGCUGGGCGAAUUUGCCUUCCCCCAGGAGUUUGUGGCUGAGGUGUGGGCAGCUGUCUGCCACCCCAAGGGGGAUAAGGAGUAG